AAUUUCCUCGCACACCAUCCGAUUUUUUACGGAAUUACACGCGCACUAGUGUGUGUGUGUGUGUGUGUGUGUGUGCGCGUACGCGCGCGCGCGUAUGUGUGUCCGCGCGAGAGUCUCUGGACAGUAGACAUGGCCGACAGUACCCGCUGGUGGAUACAGAAUAGCAGCCGUUUGCUUUUUUUUAUCCCAUUUCUCCUCAUCACUUCAUCAUUAAAUGGAGUUACCGCCGCUCCAGAGAUGGGCCUGUGGACUAUUACAGUGCUUAAUACAUCAAGACCGUUAUUGUUGAGAAAAGCCAUGUAUAAGGACACUGACAUUCAUCUAAGAGUGACGUCUUUCGGUUGUCCAGAGGAAGUGACGUUCUCCAUUAAGUGGUUUCUGAAAUACUACCCCUGUCACAAUGAGUACAGCAAUAUUGAAGAGAUGUAUGAAAAGACGCCACUGAGCCGAGGAAAGAGUCUGGACCCGAACCCUCUUGGACCAGGACAGUAUAUUCAGCACAAAUACAGGGAGUUAUCCUGCCGCAAUGGCAUGAACAUGUUCCCCAUGCUCAAUAAAUCAAAAGCAGAACCGAAAACCGUGAGCCCCGCUCAGUUGGAAAGCGAGUUACAGGAUGGCAGUUUCACAAGUUUCUCUUCUGUUGCUGAGGCUGGAACAAUGGAACAUGUGAUUGCUACGACCUGGAGGGAUGGGCCCUACCUGCUGGUAGUGCAGAUCAAUUCAAGCAAACAGGAUGCCAACUGGAAUUUAACCUUCAGUGUUGUGAUGAAGGGAACCCACGGCUAUCUCUCUGUCACCGAAUGGCCUCUCAUGAUCUUCUACAUGGUGAUGUGUGUGGUGUACAUCCUGUACGCUCUGCUGUGGUUCGUCUGGGCAUCCUGCUACUGGAAAGACCUGCUGAGGAUCCAGUUCUGGAUUGCAGGAGUCAUAUUCUUGGGCAUGAUAGAGAAGGCCGUCUUCUGUGCUGAAUAUCAGAACACUAACAACGUGGGCUCAGCAUCUCAGGGUCUGCUGAUCUUUGCCGAGCUCAUCUCUGCUCUGAAGAGGACUCUGGCCCGUUUGCUCGUCAUCAUCGUCAGUCUGGGCUACGGCAUUGUCAAGCCACGUUUAGGCACCGUCAUGCACAGAGUGGUGGGUCUGGGUGUGCUUUACUUCGCAUUUGCUGCAAUUGAGGGCAUUCUGAGGAUCACUGGGGCUAAAGACUCUGACCUGGCCCUGCUAGCCAACAUUCCCCUGGCUCUGCUUGACUCCUCUCUGUGUUGGUGGAUAUUUGUCAGUCUGGCACAAACCAUUAAGACUCUGAAACUCAGAAGAAACCCAGUGAAGUUGUCUUUGUACAGACACUUUACCAACACGCUCAUCUUUGCUGUUCUCGCCUCCAUUAUUUUCAUGGUUUGGACAACAAAGAAGUUCCGGUUAGCAGACUGUCAGGCGGACUGGAUGGAGCUGUGGGUGGAUGAUGCUUUCUGGAGGUUCCUCUUCUCCAUCAUACUGCUGGUCAUCUUGUUUCUGUGGAGGCCGUCUGCCAACAACCAAAGGUAUGCGUUCACACCGCUUAUUGACGACUCAGAUGAUGAGGAGAUUGAAGAGUUCCUAGUGUCUGCAAAUAUCGCUGAAGGGAUAAAGUUGAGGGCAGCUAAGACAGAAACCAAUGGAACGGGGAAGCCUGCAGCAGCCAAUCCGGAUGAAGAUUUGAAGUGGGUGGAGGAGAAUAUUCCUACCUCUCUGUCUGAUGUAGCUCUUCCUGUUCUUCUUGACUCAGAUGAGGAGAUCAUGACCACCAAGUAUGAGAUGUCUAAAAUGGAGUGAGGUUGAGAAAGCGCUGCAGCUGAAGCAAACCUCCACAGAUCAACCAAACCGCUGCUCCUGUAACUGGCAUCUGACCCUCACCGGAGAGAGUCACAGACUCAGACUGUUUCCUUCCUCUGGUCCGGAUGGUUGGCAGCUUUUGGGUAAAUUGAAGGAAUCGUGCUGAAGAGGUGGACGCUUCCUAGCUGAUCUAGACACAGUACUACCUGAACUUUGUUGAGGUGUUACCUCUCUCUUUUUUUUUCUGAACUGUUCAAACGUCCACAAGACUUUAAUGUCUUCAUCAAUCUGUAGAAAGAGACGACGGUCUAUGUUUAUAAACUUUUGUGAUGACAAACCUGUCAAAAUUGUGAGCGAGUAUUCAAAUGGGUGAAACCAUUCUUAGUUUUUUUUUUUGUGUGUGUGUGUGUGUCACUCCAUCUUGAAAAACAUUGAUAAGGAACUUCAAGUUGACCAAAGCGUCUUCUCCGUUUCGAAAAGUUAGUCUUUGACUGUAUAUAAAGUGUUAUUUCAGACAUUUUGCCUAUGAUUUCAGCACAUGAUGUGAAUAGUAGAAUGUCUGUUGGUGUGUCCGAUUUGUUUGUGAGUUUGUGCAGGGAGUAAUUUAAAUGGGCAGAAUGAUUCAUUAUAUAUUCUGAAUAAUUUUAUAAAGUUGUUUUGAUUUGUAUAGAGCCCAGCUUAACUUUUCUCACUUAAAAAGUGAAUUCACCCCAAAAUUAAAAUUGUUGUUAUUUAGUCACCCUCGCGUCGACUCAAACCUGCAUGCUGUUAUUUAUGGAAGACUGUUUUGGCCACAAGAGUAAAAGUUAAUUGCAUCUUUUUAUUUUAUAAUUCGGCAUUUUUUCUCGCGCUUCUGAGAUAUACCAUGGAACAAAAAAAUUAAAAAGGUAGUUGCAACAUUUUAUCUCACCAUUCUGACAUUUCCUUUCAGUUGCAGUUUACAUCUCACCUUUCUUCUCAGAAAUGCGAGUUUACAUCUUGCAGUUUUGAGUUUAUAUCUUAAAAUUCUGAGUUUAUACCUUGUAAUUCUGAGGAAACAAGUCAGAAUUGUGAGAUAUGAGAAAAUCACAAUUGUUUGAUAAAUUCACAAUUACCUUUUUUUUUAAUCGUGGCAGAAACAGAACACAAAAAGAGAAUAUUCAAAGCAAAAUUUAGCAGUGCAUACAACUUGUGCACUAUAAUUCCAGGUCUUCUGAAAUAACAUGAAAGCUUUGUGUGAGGAACAGAGCAAAAUUGAACCCUCUAUUGUCCAAAAACUUUACGCCUCGCAACAUGAAAUCUGAAUGCUUUUGUGAAUGAGGUUUGAGAGCUGUGAAUAAAUAAAAUUUUGGUCUGUUUCUUACAGAAAACUAUUGUGUGAGUUGAAAUAUAGCACAUUUUAUUGAGCUUGAACUUUAAUUUUAUGCAAAGAAGUAGCAUGAAGACUUGCAGCUUUUGAAUUUCAUUUGAAGAAAUAUAGUUAUAUGGGUUUGAAACAACAUUAGGGUGUCUUUUUCAUUUUUGAGUGAAAUAUUCUUUUAAAUGCAUUUGUUUUUCAUUUUGAGGAAACGUGUAUGUAUCUUGGAUCUCUGUGUAGAUGCAUACUGAAGCCUUAACUCACUUUUCUUUUUUCUUUUUUUCUUUUUUGCUGUAUCAAAGUAAAAUCAUCACUUUGCCUUUUCUGCCCUGGUCUUGGUUGGACAUUCUGUGACAUGUCUGCUUAACAGAACAAUGUGUGCUUUACCAUGCUGAACCGUGGUAAACAGAAUGACUGUUAAACUUCAGAAAGAUCGUUUUUUAUUUAUUUUAUGCAUCCUUGAGACGAAACGAAAUCCGUUGUCAAAUACCUUCAGAUUUGUGUAUAGGCUAUUAUAAAGCGCACUUUAAGUGAAUGUGAUUUCUUUUGGUCAUGGGAUGCAGCUUCAUUUAUCUGUAUGAUGCUGACCUUGUCCUUCAUGAGUCAUUCUGUUUUGUUUCUUCCAUAAAACUCGAAUGGUUUUCUCUACCUUUCUGUUUGUAUAAUCAUCUGGCCUCCUCAAAUGUGAGCUCACACUAUUCAAAAAGCACACUUGAUGUCCUGUAGAGCUCAGGUCUGGUCUGUUUUCUGUCUACAUGCAUGUUUAUUCAUGUUUCAUACAUGUUAAACAAUGUGGGUUACAAUAAAAGACUCUUUAUUACA